CGGAGAAGCGGGAGAGGGUUGUAAGUGCGUUGCUGACAGGAACUGUGGACGCAGCAGAGGAAACUGUUUAGUAUGGUUGAGCCCAGGUGCAGUACGUUAUGUACUUGUAUAGAAGCUGGUACUAUGUGGUGGUGCUGCACAAACACCAGGGUCGGACCCCAAAACGACAGCCAGUGUGCUGCAUUGUUGUGAGGAGCUGUGGUCAGUGCAUGUGGGUGUCCCGCAACUCUGAGGGAGGAUGAUACUGUAUGUGGAUAUACAUGUCCAUGUAUAUUACUGUAUUUAUGGGCAUUUGAGCACACAUAUCUUACUAAAAUAAAGGAUACAAAGAAAAACUGUAAAACUAUUCCAGCAUUGCUGGUAGUGAGCUCAGUCACACCUUGCUUGGAAGCAAGAUGGCGGCUGUAGUUACUGGCUGCAUCUUUUCACUUGAACAGGUAACAUGUAUGUUUAAUUCCUGGUAGAUUCUUAGAUAGGACUGAAAGAGUGUUAACCUACUGUUGUCAAUUACAGUUACUUCUCAGGACUUUUUGGAUGAGUUGUGAAUAGAAAUAUUUUUUUUCCAGCAGAAUGAGUGCCACAUCAGCCCAGAGUUGUGCUUUGCCACCAUUGCUUGGGCCUGAACGAGAGGAUGAAGAACACUCUGAGACACACAUGUCUGUUUUGUGGUAUGCAGGGCAGCUGGCAAUUACUUACUAUGAUACAGAAGAUUGCUCAGUCUACUUCAUGCCUGACAUACCUGAUAACGAAGACCUCAGGCUACUGCAAAAAGUAAUUGAGGAAGUUAAUCCUCAAUGCAUAGUGACCAGUGCAAAACAGGACCAGAACAUUGCCAAAUUCCUGACCAACCUAACAGCUAGUGCUAGUGAUAAAGAUACAGGAAAACCAGAAAUUGUCCUGUUUCCCAACAUAGAUUUUGGCCUAGAAGUCAGCAAGCAACGGAUCCUAUCUAGACAAUUUCCAUUUAUCCCAUUUCAUAUGACUGCAACAGAGAAAAUUCUCUACUUGUCCUCAGUCAUCCCUUUUGAGAGUCCACUCAUGAUACGAGCCCUCGGGGGACUCCUUAAGUUUCUAGACAGGAGAAGGAUUGGAGUUGAGCUCGAAGAAAGCACUACUGCAGUUCCUAUAUUGGCCUUUAAAAAGUUUGUGCUGUCAGAUACUGUGAAUAUGGACCAAGAUACUUACAGUGUCCUGCAGAUAUUUAAAAGUGAUAUCCAUCCUUCUGUGUACAAACUGUCCAGUGGAUUAAAAGAAGGAUUCAGUUUAUAUGGAAUUUUAAAUCAUUGCAGGUGCAAAUGGGGAGAAAAACUGCUGAGGCAGUGGCUCACACGACCUACUCGGAACUUGACAGAGCUGAACAAACGUCUAGAUGUUAUCCACUACUUCCUGCUGGCUCAGAACCAUGAAACAGUUCUCACUCUUCAAGGCUGCCUCAAGAAUAUUAAAAAUGUACCUCUUAUUCUAAAAAGAAUGACUCUUUCCCACACAAAAGUUAGUGACUGGCAAGCACUCUAUAAGACAGCAUGCAGUGCAGUGUGCCUUAGAGACACAUGUCGUUCUCUGCCCAACACUAUUGAACUCUUUCAGACUAUUUCACAUGUCUUCACUGAUGAUCUCCACUACAUUGCUAGUCUAAUCAGCAAAGUGGUGGACUUUGAAGGCAGCAUCUCAGAGAACCGCUUCACUGUUAAACCCAAUGUGGACCCUACCAUUGACGCGAAGAAACGAAAGCUGAUGGGACUGUCAGACUUCCUUACAGAAGUGGCACGAAAAGAAUUGGAGACCUUGGACAAUCAUAUCCCCUCCUGUUGUGUGAUCUACAUUCCUUUGAUUGGGUUUCUUCUCUCCAUUCCACGGCUACCAACUAUGGUGGAUAAGAGUGACUUUGAAAUUGAAGGCUUGGACUUCAUGUUCUUGUCAGAGGAUAAACUGCACUACAGAAGUGAUAGGACUAAGGAGCUAGACAGACUGCUCGGUGACUUGCACUGUGAGAUCAGAGACCAGGAAACACUUAUUAUGCAUCAGCUGCAGACAAAGAUUUUGGAGAAGUCUGAAGUCCUUAACAGUGUGAUUGAGUAUACUGCACACCUAGAUGUGCUACUAGCUCUGGCAGUGAUGGCUCGGGAGAACGCCUACUGCCGGCCACGCUUUACUCACCGCCAUGGUUUUCACAUCAAGGAUGGAAGACAUCCACUCAUGGAACUAUGUGCAAAGACUUUUGUGGCCAAUCCUGCAAACAGUGGCGAGGCUACAAGACGAAUAAAGAUCAUCACAGGGCCCAACUCAUCUGGAAAGAGCAUCUACUUAAAACAAGUAGGUCUCAUAGUAUUUAUGGCUCUAAUCGGCAGUUAUGUCCCUGCAGCAGAGGCAGAGAUUGGCAUAAUUGAUGGGAUUUACACAAGAAUUCACAGCAGGGAGUCAGUUUCUGUAGGGCUUUCCACUUUCAUGAUUGAUCUUAACCAGGUUGCCAAGGCAGUAAACAAUGCCACAGAGAGGUCCCUGGUACUUAUUGAUGAGUUUGGUAAAGGGACCAACACGCUGGAUGGCCUGGCCCUCCUGGCUGCUGUCCUUAGGCACUGGAUCAGUCAAGGAACACAGUGUCCACAGGUCUUUGUCUCCACUAAUUUUCACAGUUUAAUGCAGCUAGAACUCCUGCCUGACACACCUCUUCUGGAGUACCUGACCAUGGAGACCCACCAAGAUGGAGCUGAGUUGGUAUUUUUCUACCAGAUCAAACCAGGCUUGUCCACUGUUAGUCAUGCUGCCAACAUUGCUGCACUGGCAGGAAUGCCAGCCAAAAUUAUUGAAAGAGGAGUAGAAGUGUCAGAACUGAUUCGUAAUGGAAAAGCUAUCAAACGUAUUGAUCAUCCUUCAAAAGGAGAUCAGAUGGAAAAAUGCAAGUCUGUUGUGGAAAAGUUUCUUCACCUAGACCUUGAUGAUCCCCAUGUGGACUUACAAGAGUUCAUGUGUAACGAGGUGCUGGCUUCUGCAGCCUCAGUCCUGUAACAUGGGCAUGUGUAAAUGCAUGGAUGACAUUGUAUCUACCAUGUUCAGCAGGAGAGUUUGGUAAUUUAAAGAACAAUGACUCACGCUACCUUUAGCUUGUAACAAACUCUCUAUAGUUACAUCCUUUCUUCUUGUUGUUUAAAAUAAGUACUGUAGUUACAUAUCUCUGCAAUGGGUGAAUGGUGGGAAAGCAGGAAGACAGAGAAUUUAAGAACCUCUUCCAGCUGUUGGGUCACCCAGUUUUCUGCCCCUGUUGUUAGAUCUUCAGAUUAAAAAAAUAUGGUAAAAAAAAUCACAAAAAACAUUUCUGCUGGUCUCAUAAGACUGUGAAAGCAAAGUGUUUAUUGUUUUGUAUUGUGCCAAAGGGAUAGCUGCAGCCAUUUUAGGAUCAGCAUCAAAGAUUCCAACUAGGUGUGUGCCUCAGACUCCUAUAUCAGCAAGUAACAGUUGUCACAAUAAAAAACACUGAUGUAGAGGCUGAUAAACAGAAAAACAAAGGGAUUUAAUGAGCUCUACAGCUUUUCUUAUACCAGCAUUUCUGUGCAAAAUGCCAGAGAUCCCAGGAGUUUUUAUAAAAAGAAUGCUGGAGGUCAGAACCAGUGAGGACUGAUAAACAGAAGUGCUUUGGUUUUACUGAGAAUCACCCUCUUCUUGUAAGGUUCUAUACGGUACAACUAUGUAUCUAUGCCAUAUGGGUACAAAUAAAAGCAAAAUUACAAAUCUAGGAAACCAAAAACUAUACUAGGAAUGUAAGACAGAAAUUCACAUUUUAUAUUCUAUUUCCCAGUAUUGAGUAAAACUUAACAUUAAAGGAAUAAUACCAGAAGGGGAGGAUCUCCUUUAACUUCUCUUGACAUGCAGAGGAUCUUUACUGAGCGCAGUAUCUGAUGUAUGCAUAUGCAACAAAAAUUAACAAAUUAA